UGAAGAACGGCACAAUACAUAUUGUAUUGUUGUUUUAAAAAGUACAAAUACGAUUGUGUGUGUAUUAUUUGGCUUUAUGAUGCUAUGAUUGGCUACUGAGGAUACUUUUUCAAUAAUAUAAACGGACUCGUACAAAAAUGUCAAUUUCUCUUUGUGACGGUCAACCAGGACUUUGUCUCAACGGUGGGCACUGCCCAACUGGAAAUAAUCCUCGGCUAACCCAAGAUAACGUCUGCCAUUGUAGGCCUGGAUUUACGGGAUAUACAUGCGAAAUAGACCAGCGGUUGCUAUGGGGAAUUGGCAUAGCAACAGUAACUAUAAGCGUUGUAGUGUUGGUGUGCAUCGUUAUUCUUCUACACUGGUCCAGACAAAUGAAGAAAAGCACAAGAAUCCGACAAAAUGCCUGGUCGAAAUGUGAAAAUGGCGAAGGACAAACUGAUGAUCUCAAACAACAAAUCGAGGCAUUCGAAGAAAGCAGUAAACGCACUAAACAUAGACGAAGACACAGUGAUGAUCUGAAUACCAUAUAUAAAACAAGUUGGAACCCUACAAAUUACUACGGUUACUAGCAGAACAGAGACAACGAGAAUUACAAAUAAACUAUCUCGAACUUUAUUUUCCAAAGUUGAAUAUCUAUAUUGUGAUCCAUGAGAGUGAUCUAUUUACAUUUUAUACAUUAAUAUUAGUAAUCUACUAAAUAGAAGUACAAUUGGCUAAUAUUAUUUUUCAAACAGCUUAUAUAAAUCAAGUAAAAACCCUAGUCUGCAAGUAAUCCCAAGUGGAAAGCGUUUUAAAGCUGUUGUUUUUAAAUGUUGAUUUUUUUUCCAACGGGGAGUCGGAGUUUCUACAUUUUUUGACCGGAGUGUAAUUUUAGAAUUUCUUUAUGUCGUAGUUGUAUUUUUACUUGAUACACGUAAGAUAUAAUAUUUA